GAAGUGUGUGGUUAGUCUGCCGGAGGUUGCAUAUAAAGGAGUGGCUUAAACAAAUGGCCUUUUAGACGAACACGCCAAGAGAAGUAGAACGCAUUUUUGCUCCGCACUGUCUAUCGUAGGGCUGAAUUGUUUCGCUCACUGACACGUCACCUUUCGUCUUUUGUGCUGGUGUUCAGAGCACUCUCCGACACAAUGUUCGCUCUCUUCGUGUUCCAGCACUCGUUUAUGCAUUCUUUAUUCGCAUCAGGUGACGCGAAAGCCACUGCGAGUUUUUCUUACUUCCGCUAGUUUCGAUUUCGCACCCAUCCAUGCUACUGUAUUGUUCUGUCUUCUUGUUGUGCUGUAUAGCAGGUGAUAUGUUCCAUCGGUGCUUGAUUUAUCUUCCAGGUUCACCAAGUGCUAAAACAAACCGAAUCAACUGUAAGGAUCAGGAGGAAAAGGCAAACGGCAGAUAAGCAUUUUUCAGUGGGUUGUUCCUGCCGCUCUCCACAAACGUGAGCAUCCCUGGUUGGGGUCCCCUCCGGUCAGAGGAACACUUUCUCAAUUGGCAGGUUUGCAUCUCAAGUCUCUUUCUGCAUCGACAGUGUAGCCUUCGAAAUUUUUUGCUCCCAGGAGUUUCAAGCAAAGGUAUUGCUUUCUAUCUCAGUUACCGGAGACGGUUUUGGUUUAAGGUGGAUUCGUCUAUUGUUCCCCACGUUCGGGGUCGUGGUAAUCCUCUAUCUACUUACGUUAAACGGUUAGAACCGCGAUUUUUGCUGCAUUAAAAUGAUCAAAGAAUCCGUUUUCUCCAUCUCCCAGGAGGCUGGAAGUCCUGCUCGAGGACUGUUAGGCGCGAAGAUGCUAGUGUUUCCUAAGAAGCGUAACUCCAAGAAUGUAUGCUUUCCUCAAGUCAGUCGCCUGAUAAAGGUUUUGCUCAUUCUCUACUCAUGUUCCACAUUCUAUGUUGGGACACCUUCCAAGAGGCAUCCCCAUGCCGUUCCUGUCUUUGCCACAGAGGAGGCUCCCGAGAAGACGCAUGAAACGGAGGCACGGACAGGAUUAGCAGAGGUGGAGAUCCACCAACAAGAAAGUGACCUACCUAAAAACGACAGAGAUGACGAGAAACAGAUCAAGGAGGGAGCGAAUGAAGACGUGUCUCCUCAUUUCCUCGGAGCAAAAGAGCCGAAGACGAUUGCACCGAAGGAAGAUGCUGGACACGCGGGUCAGAGUGAAGGAGAAAUAAUAUCGUCCAUAAAUUUCCAGAUAGAGGCGCCUAGCGCAGAUAGGUUGGAGCAGUCCCAGGAGAGCUCACCCCUCCUGACAACAGAGGCAGAGGUUCGGGAGGCGACAAAACAGAUCGAGAGAGUCACAGGAACACGCGGUAACCGCCACUCACCGUCGUCCCCCGCUAUUUCUUCGCCGUUCCCGGCAGGUCCGAAUUCCUCGUCCUCCCCGACGCCAACAGCCAUUCCACUGGACACGUCAGUGUCACCACAAAACGAGACCCAGGUCCCUGCUCACUCAGGCAACAGUUCUAUGUCCCGUUCUGCCCCGUCAACGAACAAGGGAAAUGAGGAGAAAGUGUCUCUUAUUCUGGACGAGCUUCUUACACAAGACCAGAAAAAGCAGUUGCCAGCGUACUAUCUCGAUGCGCUUCGCUCAUACCUCUCUGGUCUCAGUAACGAAGAAGUCGAGCAGCUGCUCGCCUACGACGCUGCAAUACGUGCAAAAGCCAGCGAAGAUGCACUGACACAAUAUGUUUCUUCCGAACUCUCAAAUCAAGCGAACAGAGAUCCUCUUGUAGAGAACAAGUCUGGCAUUCAGCAGCCUGGAAUUCCCCCUGCCCUGCAGCAUGCAAAUGCAAGCUCUGCUCUCUAUGCUCCGACUGCUGAUGGAAGAGAUGAAGGUACCUCUGCUGCGGUUGACUCACCAAAACUACCAGCGUCCAGUUCGCCAUUGUUCAACAACACGUGGGUAGAUAUGCAUGGCAAUGCUCCUGCUUUUCCUCAGAUGCCUGCGCCGGAAGGAUUCUCUCAAAAUGAGGGGCCACAUCAACAUCCCGUCGAUCUGGUCUUCACGCUCCCGCAAACACUCUCGUAUGGUUCUCUCUUUCCAUUGGACCCGAACGACAAAGCAUGGACAGCUCUGUAUCCGUCAGUUCCCUCCUUUCCUGGCGCUCCGCCAUCACCCUCCCUAACUGACAUGCAGAACGGCCAAGUGCCUGCAGUGCUUCAGCCGCUUGAACUUCAGCCUCUCGUGCCGCUACAGCUGGGUUCGGUCGCACUACCGCUUUCUCCAGCCGGCUUGCUUUUCGGCAACGGAUACCCUCGAACUUCUCCGAACUUUCCAGGUCAAGCUCCGCCACCUGCGAGAAAUGCCGCGUUGCUCAGUCCUCUUACCGGCGUGGUUGACGGCGUCCUCCGCGCAGCGACGACCGGCGUGGUGGCCCCUGCAGUUGUCAACGCAGGCGUGCUUUUGCACAACGCGAAUCAGAUCAGCGCGCGUGUUCAGGAAGGAAGCGAGCAAGCUUCGCAGUUCAUCGAAGGGUUCACGGCAUACAGACACAGCAACCCCGAUGACCCCUUGGCGAAACUUGUGAAUGUUCUCGAGGAAGCGGCAACCUCGCUCAACGCAAAGGGCGGACUCGAGGCAGACGCCGUGGGAAUGCAAAAUCAUAGCACAAGCGGCGCGCUUGUCGAAGGCCAGGAGGCCCGAUCUAAACGGGAAACAGGAACUAGCAAGAACCAUGCAGCGAACGCCGCAGUGCUGCUUCUCGAGACUGGCGGAGAGGGGGAAGGACGUUCUGGUAGUCAGGGAGGAAUAAACAUGCAAGGUGUGGAGUACCAGUUAACGAACAAAGCCGACCCUUUCGAUUUCAGCGAUUUCGCCUCCGCCGCGGGAGUGAGUGAGGCCAAGCAGAGGCAAGCGAAGGAAGAGCAGCGGUUGCGAAAUGCGAAGAAAAGCGAAGAACCAGCGAACGUGAUAUCGAACGUCAUCGGGACGGGCUUUGACGUAGCCGUAGAUGUCCUGUCCAGACAUCAACAGCAACAGGAACGCCAGCGGCAACGCAUGCAAAGCGGGAGUGAUCUAUGGGCCCUUCCCUACGGGCGAAGCGCAGGAACUCUCCAGCAAACUCCACAAAGUGCCGCAGGCGACAAACCACCCGACCAUACAGCCGGGACCCAACAUUAUGGAUAUUAUGCGGGGUACAAUGGAAGAGGGUACCCUCUCGGAGACACUGCAGAGAAUUUCCAGAACGGAUUUACUGCUGUGGAACCUCACACAUAUAGCCACACGUACUCGGUGGUCCCACCGUAUGUCGCGCUGACUCAGUCUGUCGCAGCCGGGAAUCCUGCUCCUGAGUAUGCAAGUGGAGGGUUUCUCCAAUAUCACUCACCUGCUGGACCUAUCACAACGUCUUCCGGAAAUUAUGCGUACCCACUUAUGACCGCUUAUGCGCACCAAAUGAGCGGCAUGAGUGCUUCGUGAGGAGGGAGAAGACGAACAAAAGAGAGAGCGAAGGCAGGGUUCACGGGGGGUAAGAACUAAACCGUAAGGAGGUACUGGUAAGCGAGCGGCGACGAAAAGGGAACGCAUGACCAUCGAUCGGAGGUUUCUUUCGAUUUCGGCUGAGCAUCCACAGGCACAUAGCCAGAAUAUUAACGAGUUACUCUGAAGAAUAGUCGAACCGCUGCAGUCAAGUUAGAGAGAGUGUCAACUUUCAACUGU